UCUGGAAGUUGUUCAUCCCAAUGGCUACAAUGGGUGCGUUAUAUCCCUAUGGGCAUCUCAUCCGGUCAGCCCGACCCGGAAUCGCCUACGUGCCUCGCCGCUCCUUUGUCUACACACCCUGCCGCCGUGUCCAGGAAGGGGACAAUAAUACUUCCAGUGAGAAGCCGGGUCCCGAGUCCAAGCCAUCCGCCCUUUCUUCCAUCAAGAACUUCUUCUUUGGUGGCAAGUCUGAUGUCGCUAAGCCUAAGAUCACUCGCCGAGCCAACGCUCCUCUAAAGCGAGAAGGUUCCCUCAGCGCAGACUCAAUUUUCGCGGAAGAUGAGGCAACCCCCAAACUUAUUGCAUCUGGUCGAACGCCAGCGGCACGCAAGCAAGCCGCCCCCUCUGCCGAAGGAGAGGGCGAAGCAAUCCUCGCAGUGGAGCAACGCAAUAGAUCGAACAUGCAGACCGUCCUGGAUCCCCGUCCCCAGGCUCGAAUCCGCUGGGAGCGUAAGAUGGUCGUGCGGGAGAUCCGGCGUCGUGGACGUCUGACAAAAGUGGAGAAGAUCAUGCGUACAGAGCGUGAGUCGGUCUCUAAAUCGCACUGGUUCAAGACCUCGGUCAAGAAGCUGGGUCCGCUGGCUCGCCAGAUUGCUGGAAAGAACAUUGAUGAAGCCAUCCUGCAAAUGCGAUUCAGCAAGAAGAAGGCUGCCAAGGACAUCCUGGAGCAUCUUAAGCAUGCGAAGAAUGUUGCCAUUGUGCGCUCUGGUAUGGGCCUAGGCGCUGCGGAGGCUGCAACACAGAAACCACUUACUGUAACCCUCAAGUCCGGCGAGCGCAAAACCAUUACCGACCCUACCUCCAUCUACGUGGAACAGGCGUGGGUCAACCGAGGGCCUUACGGAGUUGACUACGACCACCGUGCAAGGGGACAGAUCAACCGCCUGCGUCCCCCAUACACUUCGCUGUCUGUUGUGCUGAAGGAAGAGAAGACACGAAUCCGCGAAUGGCAGGAGCGGGAGGCUGAAGCCCUGCGCAAGCGCAAGGCCCAGCUCUGGACCCAACUUCCGGACCGGAAGAUUUCUGCACAGAACCAGUACUACAGCUGGUGAUUCCUCCCGCACUAUUAGUCCCAGUCUUCUCCGGGCCAAGCGAUGGUUUUAUUUGGCGUUUUGUAUUAUUUAGACCUUUGGGAAGCACUCCAUUUGGCCGGAUAUCACUCCUACUACCUCUUUUUCUUUUUUUUUUUCCCUUUGCAUACUCAUACUCACGCGCCUCUAGUUGUGGUUUGAUGGACAACUCGAAAAUUUCCUUCAUCGAGCUCUGGUUCUAAAAACCACGCUCGAAUAUGUACAAUAUUGAAUAUACAUGACAUUACCACAAUUCAUCUAGACUUGAGAACCACCACACCAUAUCAUCCAUCUCU